UUGGACGCUGAUGCAGGAGGGGGCUCGCCGGACGGAUCCUUUCUAACCUCACUGACCCGCGUCCUCUCUCGGGUCGUCGCGCCGUACAGCCCCUGGCUAGGGUUUCGCCUCCGUCCACCUCCACGCCGUCGAUACGGUGGCUCCUGGCCACGACGCACCUUGCUGCUUGCAGCCCGCGGUCGUCGGGCCGCCUUCCGACUGCAGCAGGGUGCAGGUCGGCAUCCCUUCUUCCGUUCGCCGCCGCAACCCGACACCACUUCCAGUCGGAAAGUGGUUGAUACAGUUGAAUGGCAAAGAGAAAGAGAAGUUCAAAGGGUAAACAGAAUGGACCACUGGUGAAAGAAAAGAGACCAAGGCUUCAGUUGAGCGAUUUACCAAUGAGAGCAACUUUGCCGAACAAACCUUUCAAUUUUCUCUGUCUAAGACAUCUGAGAUUGGAGUUAAAUUUUGUUUCCCUGAGAAAAAAGAGGACUGAUGUCCUUGACCUAGCCUGCUUACUGGAGGUUGCUCCUUUGAUGGAAAACCUGGAAGUUCAUAUGUGGAUGGACUGUAACCUUGAACGGUAUCACAAGUGUCACGGUGAGCUAAGGAGCCUUCAUUGGCACCCUCACACCCAUUUGAAGAUGGUCGAUAUUACGGGGUUUUAUGGUCAGAAAGAUCAGCUUGAGCUGGCACUCCAUAUUCUCAGAGUUUGUACAAUACUUGAGUCCAUGAAGAUAGAUCCGAGACCGAUGGUAGCUUCUAUAACUCUUGACUUGGAUACAGAAGAUGGACUUCGUUUUGUUGAUGGCUAUAAUGUUGCACGAAAAUACCUUCUCAAAGAAGAUCACCGUGGUAUUGUUGAAGUUACAAAAGUCCGUCGUAGGGAUGUUGAAAAUGUUUGGCCAUACAAGCUAAUUGACCCAGAUUGGCUUGCAAUGGUGGCCGAAGAUGAAUAAGCUUCACUUUGAUUGACCUGGACUAAUGUGGACCUGCUUGGAGCCACCAUUUUCUUUUGCGUGAGUUGACUAGUUUCAAGCUUCACUUUGACAUGUGCAAUUGUAGCUUCAGCGUUGUUCUAGGCUAUCCUUUUACUUUCACUGGGAUAAAGUCUUAUUCCUGUUAUUUGUAAGAGUGAAAUCCUUAUAUGCCACUGAGAUUUAUACACUUUCCUCACGUGCCAUGAAAAUACUUCGCUUC